AAUGCUCCAUAAGGGAAGCUAUCUCCAUCCUCUACCUUUGUAGGAGUAUCUGGGGACGGUAUACACCAGGAUGGCUCGGAUACAGAACGGAUUGAAAGUGGAGACUGGCCGCCAUUUCUAGACACAGCUGAACACCAAGCGCCAUAUUACCACUCCAACACCAAAAGGGAGAAGAGAAAGAUGGCCGCUGCAGCAGCUAUUUAUAAUCCUGAUAAGCCACGCCCACUGCCCUGGCGUCCUCACAGCCUGAAUGAGAUAUUUGAGCUGCCCGAGGAGCGCCUGUCUGGAAAGCACUGAAUAAGCCAGACCCUAGAAAACAGAGAUUUCUCAUAUAAAACUUGGUUCAUACCUAUUUUAAUGACAUUUUACCUAAAGACAGGAUGGGGCACUGGAACACACACACAAUGCAUCCCUGCCAGCACAGCUCAGCUCACUGUAUACUUUGACAACAAUUGUAAAAUAUUCAGGUUUAAUUGUAUACCAUCACACUCACAACGUAUUACAAUAAUUGUACAACAAGCUGGGCACUGCAUUGCACUGUCUGCUUGUUUUCUGAGAACUGGCAUAGUUUAAGACAGCCCUUGGUUGGCAAUCACCCUGGGGUCCUUAGUGAUGUCAGCCAUGUUGCCAACCAGCGAGUGAUGGCGCCGCAGACCGGAAGUACUGUCCCGAAGUUUGGCGCCUUGUUUGUCCCGCCCUAACUUGGAGAAAGAAACCCGUUUCAGGUAUGUCGGGGUGUUUAUCGUUACGAUAUCUCCGCCAUCCUCAGCCAUCCCGCUCCCUGUACCCCGGGAACCGAUAGCGGGGGAGCCCCUCUGUCAGCCGGCUGUAUAUUUCUGUGUCAGCCCCUCAGGGUGAUGAGGGAGGUGGGUUUGUGGAAGAGACCGAGGUCCGUUGGCAAUGGCUUCCAAGAUGGCGGCCUCCAGGCUGCUGUCUCCUUAGCCAUCUCCCAGGACUCCAUUCUACAGCCCUGUUCAGCCAGUGGUCCCUGAAUGGGAUGGUCUUCAGGGGGCGGGGCCUCACUCCCUUGGUGACCAUAUUAUUUAUCAGAAUUAGUAUUUGCAUGGUGACAAAUGGGCGGGUCCAAAGUAAGUGUAGGUGGAGCCAAACCUGCAUUAUUAGAAAUGAUUGGUAACCAGGUUCCCGGGGCCGGGGCCGGAGAGCCAGGCGCCGGAGAGCCAGGCGCCCGGGGCUGGGGCCGGAGAGCCAGGCGCCCAGCAGGAUUUACUGAUAAUAUAGGGAUUCACCCAAAUGGACAGUCAGGAUGCCCAUGGCAGGAAACCGAAAAUUACCUUUGCUCCAAAUGAUUUUAAAAUAGUUUUUUUUUUUUUCUAAAAUUUUAUUAAUAUUGGACUUUUUAAUUAAUCUAAUAUGAAAAACUGCAAGCCAAUAAAAUAAAUUAAUAAGAGAUCUUCUCAUAUUACAUUUUAUACUGCUGAGGUUGGCAGUCUUAAAUUAAUAUAUACACAACAUUAAAAAAGGAAUAAAAUAAUGUCACUAUACCCACACUGUCCAUAUAAUGAUAUAAUGCCACUAUACACACACUGCCCAUCUAAUGUCACUAUACCCACACUGUCCAUAUAAUGAUAUAAUGCCACUAUACACACACUGCCCAUAUAAUGUCACUAUACCCACACUGCCAUCUAAUGUCACUAUACAUACACUGUCCAUAUAAUGUCACUAUACCCACACUGCCCAUAUAAUGAUAUGUCACUAUACCCACACUGUCCAUAUAAUGUCACUAUACCCACACUGCCAUCUAAUGUCACUAUACAUACACUGUCCAUAUAAUGUCACUAUACCCACACUGCCCAUAUAAUGAUAUAAUGUCACUAUACCCACACUGUCCAUAUAAUGUCACUAUAUACACACUGCCCAUAUAAUGUCACUAUACACACUGUCCAUAUAAUGUCACUAUACCCACACUGCCCAUAUAAUGAUAUAAUGUCACUAUACCCACACUGUCCAUAUAAUGUCACUAUAUACACACUGCCCAUAUAAUGUCACUAUACACACUGCCCAUAUAAUGUCACUAUACACACACACUGCCCAUAUAAUGAUAUGUCACUAUACCCACACUGUCAUAUGUCACUAUACCCACACUGUCCAUAUAAUGAUAUAAUGUCACUAUACCCACACUGUCCAUAUAAUGAUAUAAUGUCACUAUACCCACACUGUCCAUAUAAUGUCACUAUAUACACACUGCCCAUAUAAUGUCACUAUACACACUGUCCAUAUAAUGUCACUAUACACACACACUGCCCAUAUAAUGAUAUGUCACUAUACCCACACUGUCCAUAUAAUGAUAUAAUAUCACUAUAUACACACUGCCCAUAUAAUGUCACUAUACCCACACUGUCCAUAUAAUGUCACUAUAUACACACACUGUCCAUAUAUUGAUAUAAUGUCACUAUACCCACACUGUCCAUAUAAUGUCACUAUACACACACUGUCCAUAUAAUGUCACUAUAUACACACUGUCUAUAUAAUGUCACUAUACACACACUGUCCAUAUAAUGUCACUAUAUACACACACUGUCCAUAUAUUGAUAUGUCACUAUACCCACACUGUCCAUAUGAUAUGUCACUAUACACACACUGUCCAUAUAAUGAUAUAAUGUCACUAUACCCACACUGUCCAUAUAAUGUCAAUAUACCCACACUGUCCAUAUGUCACUAUACCCACACUGCCAUAUAAUGUCACUAUACCCACACUGUCCAUUUAAUGUCACUAUACCCACACUGUCCAUAUAAUGUCACUAUAUACACACACUGUCCAUAUAAUGAUAUGUCACUAUACCCACACUGCCCAUAUAAUGUCACUAUACACACACUGUCCAUAUAAUGAUAUAAUGUCACUAUAUACACACUGCCCAUAUAAUGUCACUAUAUACACACUGCCCAUAUAAUGUCACUAUACACACACUGCCCAUAUAAUGUCACUAUACACACACUGCCCAUAUAAUGAAAUAAUGUCACUCACAUACCAAUGUUUCUGAGGAUGCAGGGAGUUUGCUGAAGGCCAAAAGGGGGGCUAAUCUGCUCUUAAAGAGUGUGACCAGGCUGACUGACAGCCUGCCCACUCCAAUAAACGAGGCAUAUAACACAUCUAAAGAGCUUGAUGCAUCGUCCUAUUACCCAGUCCUCUCCUCCAUUUUGAAAUCAGCCUACAGAUUUUAAAAUGUGACAAUCCCCCAGUACAUACAUUUGCUGCAACAGUAUCCCAAAGUACAGGACUGUCCUGGUAAACACAGGAAUUCUGGCACCUAUGCCACACUCACCCCCAUGUCCCGGUAGAGCAGUUCCCUGAUAUCGCUCUCCGCUCCGGGAUCACAGGGGGUGGCAGAAUGACAUGGCGGCCGGUGUGUUUGGCUCUGCUCAGUGUGCUCACUACCCACACCAUGUGUCCUGCUGUCACCACUCACUGCCCCAGCAUGCUCCGCACUGCCGGCCUUUAUUAGCCAGCUCUCCUCAAUGGUCCGCCCAGCGCACUCUCCCGAUCACCCAGCCCUGGAGUCAAUACCAUGCGCGCGUGCACAAUUACUUCCUCUCCCACAGUACAAUGAUUACUGUAUGACAUGGGUGUAAUUUUCGGCAGAUUUUAUCCAUUUUCAUCCGAAAUGGGAUAGGCUCGUUUUCAGACAGAAAUUUUAGUGCAUCCCUUUUUACUAUACCUGUGGAUAUGUGUGUUCAUAUAUUGGUGUCUAUUCUUCAAUAGUAAGAAUGGAUCAGUGAUCCAUUCCUAACACUUUAAUACAAUAAAUACUAAGGAAUAUAGUCAAAAGCAAUUGAGAUAAAUAAUUGAAUACCUGCAUUCAGCAUUGGAGAUAUACACAUAUAUAUAUAUAUAUAUAUAUAUAUAUAUAGUUAAUACAAUGCUAAACAAAAAUCUGCACACCAGUCAAGCCAUAAGACUUGCUUUUCCCACAGAAAUCCCAAAUCAGCAGUGAUGUUACAACCGCAAAGGAUUCUGGGUGGGCAUAUGCAAAUUAGUUUAACAAAGAAUCACAUUUUUGCCUCAUUCCAUUUUAAACAUGGAUUCCUUUUAAUUUGUGUUUGCAAUAUACAACUGCUUGGAACACAAUUUAGGAUAAGAUGCAAAACCAGUGAACCACUCAUGGACAGCUGUUUCAUUGUUAAUGCAACUCUUCAGCAUGAGGUUGGUUACUGGUUUGCUAAUUGAGGCUUGGUAGUGCUUGGGAAGCAAAAUCUAAAUCUAAACAGGUUAUAGUGUAUAGUGACAUUAUAUCAUAAGGACAGUGUGUGUAUAGUGACAUUAUAUCAUUAUAUGGACAGUGUGUGUGUGUAUAUAGUGACAUUAUAUCAUUAUAUGGCAGUGUGUGUAUAGUGACAUAUCAUAUGGGCAGUGUGUGUACAGUGACAUAUCAUUAUAUGGGCAGUGUGUGUAUAGUGACAUUAUAUCAUUAUAUGGACAGUGUGUGUAUAGUGACAUUAUAUGGCAGUGUGGGUAUAGUGACAUUAUAUGGGCAGUGUGGGUAUAGUGACAUAUCAUUAUAUGGACAGUGUGUGUAUAUAGUGACAUUAUAUGGACAGUGUGUGUAUAUAGUGACAUUAAAUGGACAGUGUGGGUAUAGUGACAUUAUAUGGACAGUGUGGGUAUAGUGACAUUAUAUGGACAGUGUGGGUAUAGUGACAUUAUAUGGACAGUGUGGGUAUAGUGACAUUAUAUGGCAGUGUAAGUAUAGUGACAUUAUUUUGUUUAGCAUUGUAUUAACUAUCCACAUACUUCAGGUGGAAGGGGUUUUCAAUCACAAUUUUUCCCCACCAUAACCUAUUUAGAUUUUGCUUCCCAAGCACUACCAAGCCUCAAUUAGCAAACCAGUAACCAACCUCAUGCUGAAGAGUUGCAUUAACAACGAAACAGCUGUCCAUGAGUGGUUCACUGGUUUUGCAUCUUAUCCUAAAUUGUGUUCCAAGCAGUUGUAUACUGCAAACACAAAUUAAAAGGAAUCCAUGUUUAAAAUGGAAUGAGGCAAAAAUGUGAUUCUUUGUUAAACUAAUUUGCAUAUGCCCACCCAGAAUCCUUUGCGGUUGUAACAUCACUGCUGAUUUGGGAUUUCUGUGGGAAAAGCAAGUCUUAUGGCUUGACUGGUGUGCAGAUUUUUGUUUAGCAUUGUAUUAACUAUCCACAUACUUCAGGUGGAAGGGGUUUUCAAUCACAAUUUUUCCCCACCAUAACCUAUUUAGAUUUUUAUAUAUAUAUAUAUAUAUAUAUAUAUAUAUACUAAAUUGUUAAAUGAAAUGUCCCCUGCCCUGUUUGAGUGUUUCCUGAGACAGAGAAGUACCAUCACCACUACAGCACACUUUCAUUACAUAGGGCGGUUGCCUUAAUCACUACAGUGAGCUCUAGCGGUUAUGGUGCCUGGAGUGUUGCUUUAAACCUGCCUAUUCAUGGCUAAACUAACCUGGGUACAUAAUUAUUAUUAUUUACAUAUGUUAAAAGGAGUACGCUAUGUCAAAAGUAAAUUUAAACAAUAAUAGUAUUUUCCUUUUUGAUUGGGGUAUAUGGAAUCUUAGCUAGUAUUCCAUAAUCAGAAAAAGAAAAAACUGCAGGUGAUUUAUUAAAUGGAAUUUGUCUAGGAGGAGUUUAUUAAAUCUAUACAUUGCUUACAGCCUUCUAUUAUCAUAGACUUCACACCAGCUUUCAUCCGCUUUCAAAAUGGCUGAAACAGAUGUGGAUAAUGAACUGUUGGACUAUGAAGAUGACGAAGUGGAGAACCAGGCUGGAGUUGAUGGGCCUGAUGUAGCCCCCAAGAAGGAGAUUAAGGGAUCCUACGUAUCAAUCCACAGCUCUGGCUUCAGAGACUUUCUGCUCAAACCGGAACUGCUUCGGGCCAUUGUGGACUGUGGCUUUGAGCAUCCCUCUGAAGGUAAGAGGUUGGUCAAAUACUUGAGUACAUGACUUUGAGCUCUACGUCACAUCUGAAGUGGCACGUCACAGAGCCUCGGCACGAACUGGGCGUGCACAUAAUUUGACAUGCCCAGCUAUGGGCAAAUUAUAUUUUGUCCAGGCACUGCCAUGUUAAGUGAAAAUGGUAUCACCUACAAAAAAGAAACGGAGGAACUAGACAACUAUGUAAAUAGUAGGAUAAGCUGGUCCCAGGUCCAAAAAUGGAGGGUGUCAGGUGGUACGGAGGAAUGGAUACCUGAACCGAGGGAUCCAUACUGUGACACAGCUGCUUUAAUGUUGUAGUUGUAGGCUCCCAGAUUAGCUAAUAUGUUACAGUAUAUACCACAUAACUCUUAGAAUUGCUAAAAUUUAUAUUGUUACAUUUUGCUUUAGUAUAGCAAGGGCUAAUCAAGGUGGGGUUUAUUCGCUAAACUGGUUGAGACAAGGAUAUCCUUACACUUGUAAUACCGUGACUCUCUUAUUCUGUCAGACAUGUACAGUGUCUACCAGUUCAUAAAGUUUCAAUUGCCUUUCUUUCUUUCUAGUGCAACAUGAAUGUAUCCCUCAAGCAAUCCUAGGGAUGGAUAUUCUGUGUCAGGCAAAAUCUGGCAUGGGAAAAACUGCAGUGUUUGUUUUGGCCACAUUACAGCAGUUGGAACCCGUAACAGGACAGGUGAGUGCGGGAAUGGCUUUUCAAAUUGUAUACCAUAUAUUUUCAUUGUGUAGCAAAAUCCCGUUACACUCCUGCGUGGAAGGAUUCUUCAGGGAGUAUUACUUAACUGAGAGGGUAGUGGAUGCAUGGAAUAGCCUUCCAGCUGAAGUGGUAAAGGUUAACACAGUGAGGGAGUAUAAGCAUGUGUGGGAUAGGCAUAAGGCUAUCCUAACUAUAAGAUAAGGCCAGGGACUAAUGAAAGUAUUUUAAAAAUUGGGCAGACUAGAUGGGCUGAAUGGUUCUUAUCUGCCGUCACAUUCUAUGUUUUUAUGGCAUCUCUACGUUAGAAUGUGUUUUUUUAUUAUUUAAACGUUAGGGAGGAUACUUUGAGAAUUCUCUAGAUUCUGAUAUGUCCUAUUAUAUGGAAAAUCCAAUUGUCACACGCUUCGCUUGGAGACACUUGUAUUACAAUUAUAUCUUAAUAUUUUUCUGUGUCUUGCAGGUGUCUGUUUUGGUUAUGUGUCACAUCAGAGAAUUGGCUUUCCAGAUCAGCAAAGAGUAUGAGCGGUUCUCUAAAUAUAUGCCAUCUGUCAAGGUAAGUGAGGGGAAAGUAUUCAAUCCAUACUGCAGGAGAAAUCCUUUAAAGUCACAUGUCUUUAUUCUAAAAGCCAUUGUCCAUAUUUUCUUCUUAUUUUUUUCCUUGUCUUUACCAGGUGGCAGUGUUUUUUGGUGGUCUGUCUAUUAAGAAAGAUGAAGAAAUGCUUAAGAAGAGCUGCCCACAUAUUGUGGUGGGAACCCCUGGCCGAAUCCUGGCACUUGCAAAAAACAAGACACUAAAUCUCAAGCACAUCAAACACUUCAUCCUGGAUGAGUGUGACAAGAUGUUAGAGCAGCUAGGUGAGAAGGGAUAAUUGGGAAAAUCUGGGCUUUUGAAGGUCUGGUGAAAAAUUGCCAAGGGGUUGGAAGAGUGAUCACCUGAUUAAACGAAUGGUGGUCUGAUCAGGAUAAUUGGCAUUGUUUGGGCAUGUAGAUUGUAGCAGAAUUGAUUUUAGAGAAGUAGACUGUUUGGCAUUGGGGUUGAAUUGGCAUCCAGAAGCAGUGAAUUUAUUGAACAACCUCCAAAUGAAAUCUCUCUCCACCUUUAGACAUGCGAAGAGACGUUCAGGAAAUUUUCCGCAUGACCCCACAUGAGAAGCAGGUCAUGAUGUUCAGUGCAACUCUGAGCAAGGAGAUUCGCCCUGUCUGCCGGAAAUUCAUGCAAGAUGUAAUAACCGAAUCUUCAAAUCCCUUCUCUUCCCAAACCACCCUUUCAGCAACCCCUGGCUGACGCCACCACUCACGGGAUGUUGGUGACAAGAAGCUCCAAACCAGUUGCACCGUCACCACCUUUCCACUUACUAUGUGACACCGUGAGACAAGUCACACUUGUUCCCUUCCUUGUGUGGCAGCACUACCAGUGUCACACCAGCUAGGUCCUCUCUUGUGUGCCACCGAAUCAGAUAUGUCACAGUAGUCAAGUUGCCUGUGGUCACUCAGUGUAACAGCUGUCAAAUAUCACUGAGUUUAUGUGACACAAUCCGAACCAUCACACCAGCUUAGUCAAAUGUCCCUUAAUCUUGUGACAGAAACCGAAGUGUCACACCAGCUCAUUCAAAUCUCCCCUUAGAUGUGACACUAUCAAAAAUGUCACACGAAUUAAAGCAGAUCUUCCUUAAAUGUGACACAAUUGCAAAUAUCCGUUCAAGAAACGUGGAAACAGCUGCCACAUCAGUCUAAUCAAAUGUUAUUUUGUGUGACAGCAGCAAAAAUCAGAAAUACCCCUUUUAAGAAUGUCUAUGAUGUCCCACAACUAAACGCUGCAGCUGUACCAGCCUUUUAUCUAAUAUUCUCAUAUUUUGUCACAUUUUUUUUGCAUUCUAGAGCAUAUGCUCUAUCUUUAGACCAUUUCCACGAUCUAAAGAAAUCAUCCUUGUCACUUGAAUGUGUCACCUUUUAUUGACACUUAAAAUUAAUCCCUCCCAUGUCACAUGAAUCUGAAAUACCUUUUUUUGUUAAUGAGACAAGUGACAGUUAUAUUGUCCCUCCCGAUCUAUCAAAAGUAUUUCUCAGCACCCAAAAGUCAAGUCAAUCUUUUGACAUUUUAAAUAUUUUUUUUUAAUGUCACUUUCUAUUGUGACAUGACAUUCAAACUGCCACUGCCAAAUUAAGAAUUUCCCUUUGAAUAAUUUUUUUUUUUUUUUUUUUAAAACACACCUUUUAAUCUGUGAUGCUUUUUUAUGGUCACCUUUUUGCACGACUUGUCCCUUCAAUUUAAUAUACAAGUUCCAGGGACCUGUCAUAGGUGUGUUUACAGAUUUAUAGAAGGGUGCAGAGAGGACCAGAGACAAGCUAGGGAGAAAGACGGACGUGUAGAUAUACAAACUCUCAACGGUCAGGCACAGAAAGCCUUUAGCAGUUUUAUUGAACAAAUAAAGUUUGAUUAGUUGUAAGAGUUAAAAUUCAGAAAUCCAGUUACCUAACCCAGAAAAUGAGGUGUUGUGUAAGACACAAGAAAACAUUCUAAAGGAGAGGGAGGAGGACAACUAUGGUUAUACUGCUGGGGUCAGAGUUAGUAGCAGUUAUGUGAGUGAUGGUUUAAAUAGUCCUUUCAUCAGAUACAUAGACCAGACUUUAUUGGAGUUAAUGCAUAACUAUGUAAUGGAAUUAGAAACCUGUUGUAAAAGUAAGCAAGGAUUAGUGAGAUUAGCAAUGAGAUCACACACAUCUGAGAGCAUGGAAGGGACAGAUAGAUGACUGUGACCUGAAGUAUUAACUGACCACAGACGUGAGCAGGGGGUGGUCUUGGGUGUGAAGAAAUGGGCAUAAUGGGUUUUGGAACACAGGGAAUGGCAGAGAGUGACGUUUUUAAAGUGGAGCUUAGUAAAUCCAGGGAAAACUACUUAUGUGGUUUGCCAGCCCACCUCUAACCCUGGGCUUGGCAAUACCCAUCUGUUAUACUUGGGCAAUAUUCGCCCUUCUUUUAUUUCAUUGCUUGACCGCACACUCUAACCUUUCUCUCUCCUUUCUGCUUUUCUUUCCUCCUCCUUUUUUAUUCUGCGACUUGGAUUUGUGUGGAUCAGUAUGUGUAAACACAAUGUCUGUCUUUAGAAAACACGGGAAAUAUUCAGAUAUAUGCAUUUAAUAUACCAUGUAUAUUUACAGUUGACAUAGCCAACUGUAUAAAAUACAAGCCUAUUGUAUGCAUUCCAAGUUACACCAGUGGCGUUUGGAUCAUAGUGCGUAUCAGUGCUUACCGAACGUUAUAAUGUUGUGUGCAUUAUACAAUACCCAGGCACAGUGUGAAAUGUUUAGAUGCUUUCAUAAUUUGCCUAGGCAUUCUAUGCGGUUUAGAUGUAAAAGAUGUAUAUUUAUGUUGGUGAUUAUUUGGUUAAUUUUAUGGAAUUGUACAGGAGUCGCUGAUACAAUGUGAAUCAGUGAGAGAGUUUAUAAGACUGGCAGUUUUAGAGACACUGUGAGGCCGAAUCUUUACCUUCUAUGACUGCAAAUGCUGACUAUUAUUACUGAAACAAAUAAAUGGCCCUAAUGUGAAUCGGCAACUCAGUUCAACGUUUACAAUUUCUACUGUGCAUUCUGCCCAAAAAAAUUUUGGGAUGGGUAAGGGGGAGCUUUGUUAGGAAAAACAUUCUAAUCUGUCAGUAUUGAUCCUCGAUGAGCGAAACAAUGCCUUAUUCCCACAACUGUCUGAUAAAACUUAGAAUUGUGAACACAUUCAAACACAGUCUUGAUGUGCAUUUUAUACAGAUUUUAUCUUUAUGAAAUGCUCAAUUAUUAUUAUUUUUUUCCUGAUGACAGAGCAGUGUUAAUGUUUCUGUGCCGUUUUAUCAAAUAAGCACUUAGAGCAAUGUCAGGCAAACUUCUGCACUCCAGAUGUUGGAGGCUACAACUCCCAUGAGACUCUUACAUUCAUAAUGCUGGCAAAGCACCAGGGGAUAUGUAGUCUGCAACAUCUGGAGUGCCGCAGAUUGCAUACUCCUGAUUUAAAGGAACCGUACAGGAUGAAAUUUAACUUUUUCUUAAUGCAUAGGAUGCCCCCACACACUCACACAAAGACAUUGGGAGCACAGAUCCCCACACACCGCCGCUUGGUGACAAUUCAUGAUUAUGACACAUACAUAGAAGGGUAGACAGAGGGGACAGAUAGGCAUGUAGAUAUAUUUACUGCUUGUCUGUCUGUGUGUCCUUUCCUUGUUGUGCUGGCUUCUGAUCUUCCUAGAAAAGAAAGUUGCAAAUGUUUAUUUAAAACAGCAUAUGUAUCAAAUGCAUUGCAGUUAUCUUAGGGUCCCUUUUAAUGCUUACAUUUUCUCUGUCCUGUGUAUAACACACACAUACUGUAGAACCCUUACGUGUGCAUUGAUUGUAUGGCUCACUUAGUGUAUGCAUAACGCAGUUCUGCCAGUCUAUAUAACCUCACAUUUACCCUGGACUUUGACAAUUCCAUAAACUGCCAUUAGAGCUGGCCAGAGCUUGUGGCAAUGUGUUUAUUUUAGAGUGAUUAGACAUUGUGUUUACACAUUAGUUACAGACAUGAUUGAAUGUUUGGACACAUUUUACAGAUGUAAAGAGGGCCAUUACAUGCAGGCUAUAAUCAGAAUGGUUCAAGCUUUAUUGAUAAUAGGACCGGUUAGUGUCUCCCACCCAGAAUCUCUUUAUUUAACCAGGUUUUCAGUUGACACCUAUAUGCUGCACAGUGGUUACCAGCCACUCACAAUCUGAGAGUCCUGUUUCUCUGAGGAUAAUAUUUGUAUUUACACACAAUGCUGUCCAAUCAGCUAGCAGAUGUGUAGUUUAUUAGAUAUAUUAAAAUGUAAUUAUUAUUUCAUGCCCUGUGUCUGGCUGCCUGGAGUUUUUACAUGGCCCUCUGAUAUUCUCUGUAAUCUCAGCGCAGAUGCACACUGAUUGCUAUGUAAGCGGGCACUGGAACUAUAAUGUUUUUAGUAUAUCUGCUAUUCUAUUCAUUUGUUAAUGCUUUGGCUAUCAUUAUUUACCACAGUAAGCCGGACUCUCUUCUGGCACUUUGUAAAAGACUCCUGUCCCUCUCUUCUGAUUGAUUUGAUUGGUGUUUGAAUGGUGAUUGAUAAUUGGUAAGGGGAGUAGUGUAAAUACAAUGUAUACCACAAACAAAGGACCCAGACAGCUUCAAGGAAAAAAUAUCAGAACUACUUUAAUGCAAAAUUAGUUUCCUUUCUGAGCUAAAAUUGGUCCUUUAUGUACAAAAAGGCUGUGAUUUUAUCACAUAUCCAUUUCAACUGUUAUUUAGUGGUUGUUUUGAAAUAUGUGGCCCUCGUUAAAUCUGUUGAAGCUGUCAUGGCAUCUUAGCGAUAACGAAUUGGAGAACAAGAUUUGAGCCUGACUUGUAUGAAUGUAUUUUAGAAAAGCCCCUGUCAGACUGGUGAUUUAGGGCAGAGAAUAUUACAGUUUCUCAUUUUACAAACAAUAAUUACUUAAAAGAAUAAAAUAAAAUUUUUGUCAUCAGUCUGUCAGGGGACUGUUUGUGCAGUUUACCCACACACACACUUGGUUGAAGCCCCAUUUUAUUAACGCUGGUCUUCAUAUGGGGCGAAUAUUUACAGUUAAAUGCUUUUGAGAGCCAGUUUCAAACUGUGUUCUAAAAAGGGCAGUCAGGAUUUCACAAUAUCUGUCAGCCAGAUAAUGGAUUUUAAAUGGAAAACCAGAAAUAUUCCUAUGAAACCUGUAGUGCAUCUGCCCAUUCUAUUAUGCAGUUUGUUUCUGGGGCCUUUUAACCCUUGAUUGAACUUGUGAGCAAUAACAUUUCACAUGCUUACUGCUCAAAGGGUUAAUCACAUGUAAAACAUUUUCCAUAGACUCGUUAUUGUAAGAAUGACCCACUUCCUCUUUAUUCUAAAGUUACAUCCUUUUCUGUUGUUUGUAAUUCUCUGAUGGCACAAGUGGGAACCAUAUAUAAAAAAAAAUACCAAUUUUUAUGUAUACUGGGUGUCAUCUUGAGGGCAGGCACUUGGACAGUGGCUAUUUAACAUACAUCUAAAGAUAAUAAGGAAUCCUGGCAGAUUGUGUGAACACUUUUCUGUGAAUAUAUUUUGAAAUUAGGCGCACUGCAUGCAGGUUGUUAAAUUGAGUCAUUUCUGUUCUGUCUGGUGAAGGAUAAGACGCACCUACCUCCCUGUUGGUGAUAUGGUGAUACUGGGAGUAGCGUUUUUGUUUUUUUGAUUGAUUUUAAUGCUGACUUCAGACUCUUUUUGAGGAAACAGAAGUUACUGUUUAUUAUAAAAGUGAUAUUGAUGCAGUUAUGUUCUGUUUUUGUUUUUUUUUUUUGAUGGUACAUUGAAUGAAGAGGCAAAAUGUAUAGCAUAUUGUAGACUGUCCAUUUUUUUUUUUUUUGCAUUCUUUCCUAUAAUGUGGCCUGGGAUUGACAGUCCCCAGUGGUUUGUGGUUUGUGAUCUACCUGAAUAUUCAGCUUUAUGGGUCUAGUAUAUUUUAGCUGAGGCUUUGCAGCUGUUGCUAAUUUAUGGUUUCAUAAGCUGUUUUCAGUAGCUGCUUAUUAACACCUAGCUAGGACAGGUAUUGUAACAAAGAUGUAGGGAUGAUUUUCUUGUUCUACAUUUAAAUAAAAAUUAUUUUAAUAAUCUUUCAAAUUGGCUGAAGUAAAAGAAACAUGCCAAGGCAGUCGACAUUUUACAGAGAGCGAGCUCAGAAUGUGUUGUAUAUGGGUGAAAUAAAACCAGUGCAGGGACCAGGGUAACCUGAAAUUAUCUGCCUUCAAAUGCCAUUGUUGUCUGCGUUUGCACAGCCAGGUCUUCCUUAUUUUGUAAAUGCAUUCGACCAUGGCUCGACAAAUCCCAGGUUGCCUUGGCGACUAUGAUUUUUGUCCUGGCGUCUGGGAUUUGUCGGGUCGUUUAGCUCCCGGCAUGGCUGGCGUGCAGACGGCCGGCUGACAGAGCAGAUACUGGUGGCCGUUUUGCAAAGGAACAGCAUGGGCGGGCAUGCAUGCUUGUGGCUCAUGGAGGGCUGAGAUGGAUGGGCGGCGAGGGAGCUGUCAUCUCUUUGCUAUGUUCUAUCGAGCGCCCUCCAGUGAUGGUGGGAGACUGAAAAUUAUAUUAUUACGGCCCCGGCAUCACUAAACAGCGCUCUAUGGAGUAGAGCAGGGAGAUGACAACAGCCCCACUGAACCCAUGGGAAAGCUGAACCACUCCAGCUCUCCCAAAGGUAGGGAGGCUGGGUGGUCACAUUAAAAUACAAAUUAAAUGUGUGUGUGUGUCUGUCAGUGUGUCAAAUCAGUGAGUGUGUGUUUGUCUGUUUAGGGGUCGGCUGCCCCCCCUCCCUCCAAUGACAUGGGAAAAGUGUUUUUACUCACCUUUUUUCACCCACACGGUGCUGGUCUUGCCACAGCUGGCCCCAGCUCCAUGGCUGAGAUCAUCAACCUUGAUGAUCUCAUCCAAUCCAGUAUUUUCCCAUAGGGAGAGCAUUGGGAGGCUAUUGCACAUGUGUGGAAUCAAUGCAUCUCUAUGGGGAACACCCAAGACAAUUCUCUAGUGGCUAGAAAUGUUUCUAGACAGCAAUGUAAACACUGCCUUGUCUCUGAAAAGGUAGGGCUUGCAUUGAAAAGAGUGCAGGAACAGGCUAUAGACACCAGAACAACUAAAUUACGCCGUAGUGGUUCUGGUGUCUAGUGUCCUUUUAAGAAUUGUAUUUUUCAUGUUAAAAAAAAAUCUGCCUCCUAACUUUUUUAGUUUACUAGAUUUCAAGCAAAUUUGUCAAGCCCUGCAUUGUGGGUAAUCUGCUUCCUGGUAUGGGAUGUUUUAAGAUGAUGAGCAUGAUAGGCUAACAGCUUUAGGAUUUUCAGAAACUAAUUCUUUUAAUUCGGUGACAUUUAUCUAGUGCUUAUUAACCUGUUUUGGUACAGUCUACCUAUGGCAAUAUAAAAGUAUUCUGGCUUAUCGGGUUUUGUGUUUCUAAAUGACAUGAGGGUCAUUUUCCUUUGCUGCUGCUGUCUUUUUAUUUUGCAUAUAAAUUUGCUUGCCCGAUUUAAUAAAGACAUUUGUUAUCAACCAAAAUGCUUAUAUAACAAAUGGGUGUUACCAGAGGUCAUACGUAUCUAGGCAACAUUAUGGUCGUUUCCGGUGUUACAUUUGGAUCCAAUUGAUGGUUGGUUGCCCUUGUUCUUGCUCACCUAGACAAUUAUGACUUCUCUUUCAUAAAAAAAAAAUGUCACACACAAACUGCCAUGGAUUUCAUAUUUAUCAACAUCUGUUUUAUGUGCCAGGUUGCAUUUUAACUUUCAGUAAUCCACUGUGUGAGAUGCUUCCUUGUCCUGAUGGGGUUUGCCAGCCUUGUCAGGACCAGAGAGACACCUAUCUAGCCUUCCAAUCAGCCACUUCGAUAGGAUUUCACAAGCCACCCCCUCCCCUUACUGUUUAAUCCUUAAUUUCCCACCCACCCCCUCCAGCCGAUGGAGAUCUUCGUUGAUGAUGAGACCAAGCUGACCCUUCACGGACUGCAGCAAUAUUAUGUCAAACUCAAGGACAACGAGAAAAAUCGCAAACUUUUCGACCUUUUGGAUCUUCUGGAGUUUAACCAGGUGACAAUCACUGAAUUUAUAUUUUAGAUUUCUCUAUAGGAAGUUCAAUGUAGCAUUAAACAGAAUUGUAUGUAUAAUACAGACGGCUGUGUGAAACUUAAACAUGUGUCAAAAGGUACUUUGGUUUUAAAUAAGGACUAAAGAGCAACAUCCAUUAUACAAAUUAAAUCAGCAAUGUAACUUUGCAGGUUAUUUUAUUUUAAAAAUUUUUGUCCGUCUUUGACCAGUUUUUUUUUAUUUUUUUUUAACCUUUGCAAUUCACUUUAGCUCUACAUACUUUGUAAACCCCUUGAGGAUCAAACUUCUGGAAUAAAAGGGACUCAUGACACGAGUGACGUGACAUGAUUCCCUUUUAUUCCAGAAUUUUGGUCCUUAAGGGGUUAAAGCAAUCUUACUUUCCCCAACAUAUGUAAGUCUAAUGAAUCCCAAUUGAUCUGAAAGAAAAAAGUAAAAUUAACAGUGCCAUUUUAAAUUAUUUUACAAACACCAGCAGUAAACAAUUAGAGGUCCACCAUGUUUCUAUCUAGAAUUCACGUGAUGUGCACCUGUGUAGUCUGUUUGUUAGUGAAUAAAUGUCUGUUUGAACCCGUGAUAGUUAAUUUAUUUUCCUUUUAUGGCAUCUGAUUUAUACAAUACUGCAGACCGGAAUUUUUGUGUGCUGCCCAUCAGUAUUAAAGGGAUAAUCUAAGUGCUAUAACUAUUGCAGCCUGUUGUAAUUUUUAUGGUACUAUUAGGCUGUGGGCGGCUUCCACCAGUUCUUUGCCAAUCAGUUUCUGAGUGUUUUGAGAGUUGCCCAAGUGGCCGUGAUUCGGGAAACAUCUGGGAAAACAUGGUGGAUCUAGUGACUGGGAUACACAACAGCAUUUUUAAUAGAUCUUAAUUAUGACCUCUUUUAACCUACCAUGUAAUGUAAUUCACAAAGACCCCCAACGGUGACAUCGCUGUGGAAGGGAUCCGGUGGGCAGAUAAAAAUAAGUUCUACUUGAUCUUGUCCCUCUUGGGUGUGGCAAUCCUCUUCCGGCAGGUCCUCUUUGAUGUAAUUGCUGUACUCCUGCGCAUGGAGCAUUGAGGUCUAUGGAGGAUCCCGCGAGACCCUCCAUAGCCAGAGCCAUUUGAGACACUCAGUGGUGAUGGCUAGCGUGAUUGACACUUCCAUACAGCUACAUCUCCGUAUGUCUCUUGAUGCAUUGGAAAAUCAAUGAAAUACGUACACAGUCAAAAUGAGUAUUUCAUAAAGAUGUACAGUGCUGCUUUAGGGUAAAUUAGUGCAAACAUAGUAUUGUAUCCUGUUUGCCUGUUAAUUUUAAGGUCUAUAGUGCCCUUGCUGUGCAGCCCCUGGUCAGCUGACUUACUGGUGCUAUAAAGAUUUUGUGUAUUUUGUACACUAAUGACGUUUAACCUCUUAAGGACACGUGACAUGUCAUGAUUCCCUUUUAUUCCAGUAGUUUGGUCCUUAACCCCUUAACAUACUUGUUUUCCUGGCACUAUAGUGCCCUGAGGGUGCCCCCACUCUGUGUCCCGCUCCCGCCGGGCUCUGGGUUGAGGAAGGAGUUAAAAUCUUACCUUUCUCCAGUGCCGGGUGGGGAGCUCUCCUCCUCCUUCAUAUCGACGUCAUCGGCUGAAUGCGCAGGAGCGCAUUUACAAUGCUUUCAUAUGGUCGCUGGCGUCUUCUCACUGUGAUUUUCACAGUGAGAAGCACGCAAGCGCCUCUAGCGGCUGUCAAUGAGACAGCUGCUAGAGGCUGGAUUAACCCAUAUAUAAACAAAGCAGUUUCUCUGAAACUGCUGUGUUUAUUAAAAAAAAAAAAAAAAAAAGGGGGUUAACUCUAGCUGGACCAGGCACCCAGGCCACCUCAUUAAGCUGAAGUGGUCUGGGUGUCCUUUAAGGGGUUAAUAGAAAAAGCUUUCUUUAUUUUUAAAAGGUAUUAAACUCAGUGUCACUUUUUCUUUUUUUUAAUGUUACAUGUUUUGUUGUGUGAAAAUAUUAUUUUGAUGUGCUAUUGCUGUAUAAAAGCUGUAAGUGAAAUGCAUUUUUCAAGUUGGUACUCACCACUGGUUAAAGUAAAACUCCGGUGCCAGGAAAACAGUUUUUAUGGCACUGCAGGUCCACUCUCCCUCCCACCCCCUCCAAUCCUCGGUUGCUGAAGGGGUAAAAACCCCUUCAGUAACUUAAGAGGCGGCGACGAUGUCCCUCAUUGCUGCUUCUUCCUCCGCACCGCUCCCCCUGUGAUUGCGUCGGCCGGUGGGCGAGACUGAUCCCGCCCACCGGUUUGGGAGACCUAAUGCGCAUGCGCAUUAGAGCUCCCCUUGGAAAGCAUUGAAAAUGCUUUCCUAUGGGGAAAUGAGCGACGCUGGAGGUCCUCGCAUAGCGUGAGGACGUCCAGCGAUGCUCUAGCACAGGUUUCCUGUGCUAGAAACCAGGAAACCAGGGUUUGCGUGUUUUCUUUGUAGAUAUAUGUAACAUUAGCUUUUAAUAAGGGUAAAUCUAGUUUGUGCAGCUCCUACACUCCUUUCACUUCUACCUUCGCUCAGGUGAGAAAGUGAGAAAUGCCGUAUCAGUGUAUUUUCAUUGAGAUGUCUUGCGGACCACCUGCAUCUACAGAUUGCUCAGUGAGCUAUAUGACAGCUUAUUGAGAAGGCUUUCAAAGACAGGUUCAGAAAGCUGAAGUGCCUUACAUGUUUGGAGAGUUCUUUUAACCUAAAAUACACAAGCUCUUUAAAGAAAAGAAGAAAAAAAGGGGUCGGGGGAAUAGAUUUAGAAUUGCACAUGCAUAACACAUUUUGUACUGGUAGUGUCCUUUUAAGGGUCAUUUAAUUUAUAUAGCACUAAAAAUGUUCUUUUUCAUGUUGUUAAAGUUCAACUUCUUCCUGUGUUUGCAGUCACAUUAUGAGAGCUGAGACUCUCGGUGCCUCCUGAAGUGUCGUGGAUAUAUCGCUUCCUCCAUCGUUGGUCCAAUCCAAUGCUUCUCAUAGAGGAGCACUGGGAAACUGAUGGCAUGUGUGGCUAGGUCUUGCUUCUCAUAGGAAAGCAUCGCUAUGAGCUGCAUAGACACGUGACUGAGUUUUACUUUGUCUGUGCAUCUGAAGACAGACAUUAGAGGUGUGUUAAACCCUGCAAUGUAAACAUUGUAGUUUCUAUAAAUCUGCAGUGUUUUACAUUGUAGAUUAGAAUGACUGGACCACUGCACACAGACCACUUCAGUGAGAUGGGAAGUGGUGUGGGUGCCGAUAGUGGUCCUUUAAGUACAAAUAUCUACAUAUAUUGCAAUCCGUUUGAGAUUGAAUGCUUUCUGUAUUUAUUACCUCAUUGAAGGUCAAAUCUUUUACUACAGCAUUUCAUCUCUUCUGUUAAUAAAAAUGUGAUUGUAAUUAUGUAACCAGGAGUCUUGAAUGAUGGAUCGUACCAUGCCAAAAUUCGAAGAGGCUUUAUAUUGAAACCUUUCGAUUAUCAGACAGUAUUGGAAAUUAUCUGCAUAUAUAGAUUUCAGUAUCCUAGAAAACCAUGUUUUUUUAAUUGUAGCUUGGAUUUACUGCUUUUUAGGAUAUAAAUGUCACUGGAAAUGACAGACACUGCAUUGUUCUGUUAACGGUUCCCCUUUUUUCCUUUUAAUUGUAUGUACUAUGCAUUUUAUAUAUAGGAUUAUAAAAUAGCAACAGCAUCUGCAGUUUCAGUAGGGAGCUCUCACCAAACAUUUGGAGUUACUGUUGAAUUUGUUCCGUAGAUGCACUGAAAACUAAAGAAGGUUGCACUCUGAUAUCUAGAGUAGAAUGAUGGCUAUUCACAGGUCCCUCACGUGAUCAGUCUGGCUUUAUUAUGCCUGAGGACAGUGUUAGUGUUUUGCUGACCUAUUUGUGUUUGUGUUUCCUUAAUUUCUCUGGGUACUGGAUCAUCUAUUCUCUUUAUACAGGUGGUGAUCUUUGUGAAGUCUGUCCAGCGAUGCAUCGCGCUAGCACAGCUUUUAGUUGAACAAAACUUUCCAGCAAUAGCCAUUCACCGUGGAAUGUCACAGGAGGAAAGGCAAGUGUUUUUUUGUUUUUUUUUGGUUGGUGAUCUAAAAAGAUUGUUUUGUGAUAAAUAAUUCCUAUAUCCUCUGCUUGCAGGCUCUCCCGUUAUCAGCAAUUCAAGGAUUUUCAGCGUAGGAUCCUGGUAGCUACCAACCUCUUUGGGCGUGGGAUGGACAUUGAAAGAGUGAACAUUGCAUUCAACUAUGAUAUGCCAGAAGAUUCGGACACUUACCUGCACAGAGUAUGCUUAAUAUAGCCUACAGUAUGUCAUUCUCUGUCACUGUGCACUUUCUUAUACUUCCAUUAAUUUCUUACUGUUUCCAACAGGUGGCCCGUGCUGGCCGAUUUGGCACAAAGGGUUUGGCCAUCACAUUCGUCUCCGAUGAGGGAGAUGCCAAAAUCCUCAAUGAAGUUCAAGAUCGGUUUGAAGUCAACAUCAGUGAAUUGCCUGAUGAAAUCGAUAUCUCUUCAUACAGUAAGUCUGCUUUCCUGCACCAGUCACUUUGUCCAGUCCUUAAGUUAUUUCCAUCUAACGUCUUCAUGUCUCCUUCUCACUUCUAGUUGAACAGACGCGGUGAACUUGGACAACUGCUCAACGUCCUUCAGUCUGCUGUAUACCACCUGCACCUAAAGCUCCUCCCUACACCUGAUUUCGGGAGGGCCGAAGGAAUCACCAACUUAACCUGUUAAGAUGAAGAGUUUGGUGCUUUAAAACUGUAUCCAGACCACUUCCGUGUACUGUACUAAAAGCAGAUUGUUAAUCCCUUAUCCUGGUGAGGACCCACAGACUGUCUCUCAAUUGGACAUUUGGAGUAAGGGUGGUGGGUGCUGCUACAAACCUAUGUCAAAGGAUGUUAAUAAGGAAGCAAAUUCUGUGGGUUCCUUGUAUAGUGUUACAGUUGGUUAUAGUUUGUUUGUUUUUAUUUUAACUCCAUUAAGGGAGGACCAGUUUGUUUGUUUUUAGUGACAACCCUGCCCUGCACAUGACCAGUGCUGUCACCUUCCUGUAUUUUGUGACUUCUAACUUGAAAUUGUCACACCAAAAAAGAGAAAAAAAUUAAACACUACACAAUUCUCAUUUCUCUUUUACCCAUUUGCUGUUUUCUCACGCACAGGAAAAUAAUCAUGCAGUAUGUUCAAUACACAUAAUCCAGUUUAGUGGGAAAUGUAUUUUAUUAAUUGAGAACUAAUGUUGGCACAGUUUCCUUGGCCAGGAUGCUGUGCCAGUUUUUGGGCAACAAUGAUCUUGGUAACUAGUUAUUGGACAAAUGGAUGGUAGAAGAUUACAGGGUUUUCAGUGAAGGAGGGGUAUAUUUCCUAACCCUAGGUAGUUCAUAAUUUAUCAUUCAAAUGCAUACUCACACAUUGGGUGGGGGACUGAAUCCUACUAAAUUAUGUAUUAAAAUAGAACCAAAGGGAGGAACGUCUAAGGCCCGUCUGCCUCUAACUUUAUGAUGCUUUAGUAUAAGUUAAUUGACAUUGCCUUCAAUCUAUGAGAUUACUGAUCCCAUAACACUAUCAUCUACAGUCAGUAGGCAUUACAAUUCAUGGAUAUCCACUGCUUCUGGAAAUUGUAAAGAUUAAUUCUCUGUGCAAAGAAAUCCUCUUCUUUUAGACACAUUUACAAUAAUUUGAACUUCUACUGCAAAGCCAUGGUUCUGGUAGACACCUGUGAUUUCUUCAUGUGGUGAAGUGUUUUUAACUCAGUCCACUGCUGCUCCAAGACUCAUGGCCUCUACAUACCAGGCUGGGAGAAUGUGGUAUGUUGGGUCGGUGUGAACUGAGAAAGUGACAUCAGAGCCUGGCUCCCAGGAGAAAAGGUAAACGACUCUGAAGAGGAAAGAUAAAUACAGAGUGACUUAACAUGGUUUCCCAAUCAGUUUAGUCAUUUCUUAGGAUGUUAGUGAGAUGAAGAGAUAAAAAUAUUGAAUGCGAGGUCCUUACCCAGGGUCAUCCCUUGUUACCACAUUUUUGACAAAAGACAGGAACGCAUCACAGAAAUUCAUACAGACGGCUGGGUCCCAGCUAUGCUGAUCUGUCUGGAUACAAAAUAAAGCAUAAAUACAAUAGCUACCAUCUUAAAGUGAGAUAUAAGUCUUCAUUUCGGCUCCAUACUCCUCUGUGUAUUACCCGAAUUAGAUGUGGGAUGUCUGACGUUCGAUAGUCCUGCAGAGAUACAACCUUUCCUUCCGGGUUGCGGAAACCAGCAACAAUGAGUGGGAUUCCGAGAAGAAAUGACUGGCACCACCAUUUUAGAAGUUUAUACCUGAUUGGGAAAAGAUGAGC